AUGUCAACACGUGCCUUUGCUUCAUCUGUCAUCCCUGUACCUUCAGAAAAGGUAUGGAAUGUAUUAAGAGAAUUCACUUUCCCAGAAAAAGUAUUCAGUUCUUUGAUUGAAUCAGCUGUUAUGGACGAAGGUGCAUGUUCAACCUCCGUCGGUGCCGUUCGUACUCUAAAGUGGAAGACCGGUGAGGUUCGUAAGCACCGUUUGUUGGAACUCAGUGACUUUAACCACUCUGUCAUCUGGGAAGUUAUCGAGAGUAACCCACCAACUGAAGUAACUGCUUCGAUCAGUUAUUUGAAAUUGUACCGUAUUGCCGAUACCAAUCAAACUUUGUUGACCUGGGAAGGUGAAUUCAGUAGUGAUGUAAAGAACGACAUUGUUCAAUUCGAGCAAAAGUCAUACCAAGUCAAUCUCCAAGAAAUCAAGAACGAAGAUAACAAGGUUGCACUGCAAUCAUUGAAAUAUUAUUGGGUAAAAAACAACAUUAACUAUUCGGGAUCACUUUGUAGAAAUGUUAUUGGGCUUUGUAAGUUGACUUACAGAUCUGUUUUUCUUGUAACUUGGACAAAUCAUAUCGUUUCUUUUGUUAGGAUUAGAUUAAUAAUGAAUGAUCACUAUGAAACGACAAGAAUAUAA